UUCCUUCUGUUUUUCUCCGCCAUUGGAACCCUCUCUCCCUAGGCUUCAGCCAACACUCUCUUCUCAUCGAAACCCGUGACAAUUCAACAAUGGCAGGUAGAGGCAAAACCCUAGGAUCUGGCUCCGCCAAGAAGGCCACCUCACGGAGCAGCAAAGCCGGUCUUCAAUUCCCCGUCGGUCGUAUCGCUCGCUUCCUCAAAGCCGGCAAGUACGCUGAGCGCGUCGGCGCCGGAGCUCCCGUCUACCUCGCCGCCGUCCUUGAAUAUCUCGCCGCUGAGGUUCUUGAAUUGGCUGGGAACGCUGCGAGAGACAACAAGAAGACUCGAAUUGUGCCUCGCCAUAUCCAAUUGGCUGUUAGAAACGAUGAAGAGUUGAGCAAGCUUCUUGGCGACGUGACCAUUGCUAAUGGUGGUGUGAUGCCUAAUAUCCACAAUCUCUUGCUCCCCAAGAAGACCGGGGCCUCUUCAAAGGGUGCUGGUGCUGACGAUGAGUCUUAAAUGUUGCAUUUUGUUUUUCUUUAACCACUAUAAAAUUUAGUUUUUUUUCUUCUUUCUGUUUAUUAGUUUGAAACAGGAUUUGAUCCUUGUGUCUUGUAGCUCUAGUUAGAUCUUGUUAGUAAUGUGCAUAUAAGGGUAUUCCACAUCUUCCUUAUAAGAAGAGAUUGUUGAAAUUUGAUUUUUUUACCCAUUUAAAUCUCGAUGUAGCCUUUGAUACUUAGUUGGUAUGGAUGCAAUGGUACUGAUUCCUAUACGUUGAUUCGUGAAACCUUUAUCUCAUAUGGGGGUGGAUUGAGAAUUUAUUCGAUGGCUCCAUAAUAUGAUUAAUGCUCUGUUGGCAUUGCCUUUGAAUGAAAGCGCAUGUGU